AUGGAGGAGGAGUGUCCAAAUGACUACAUUGUCAAAGGAGGCUACCUCCGCGUCGCACUCGGCGACAAGCUGGGCCCUCAAGGUCGUUAUCUUGUCAAAAGAAAGCUAGGAUGGGGUGUAUUCUCCACCGUCUGGCUUGCUGAAGACACGCUGCGAAACGUCCAUGUAGCGCUCAAAAUCUGCCGCUCCGACAGGGAUACAAGGGAGACUGCGGAAGCCGAAAUAAAGAUUCUCAAAGAGGUCAUGUGGCAUGGUCACAGUCAGAGCAACAUCGUGCGACUCGUUGACACCUUUUGCGUGCCUGCACAUCAACGAAACAGUCGCGCGGAGCACGCCUGCCUAGUGUUUGAGAUUCUCGGUCCGAAUCUCCUCACCUUCCUCGAGGCGCACAUCAAGAACGUCAGGGAGGCAAACGCAGGUGCAAUUCCAGGUCCAUCAAACGGCCUCCCACUACAACUCGUCAAAGAGUUUGCCAAGCAGAUGCUGGCCGGUACCGCGUAUCUGCACGAUUUCUGCCGUUACAUACAUACAGAUCUCAAGCCCGAGAACAUCGUCAUUGCACUCCCAGACAUUGAACGAAUCAUUCAUAGGGAUUUGGAGAUCACCACGCCAUCCUCCAGCCUGGUUGAAACAACCCAGUCUAGCAUGCGAGCUCCUGCCGCCAACGAUAAACCAUCGAUCGUCGGAACAUCCCCAUCAGAUUCCAACACUCAAGUCGUGGAGAUUUACGACUCGCAACCGAUCCCCACGCCCAUCUAUCGCCUCACCACACCGCGCACGUCCUAUGACGAAAAUGACUCGGAUCCAUCGAGCAGCGGUCGUAGUGACAGCAGUGGAAGUUCUAAUGGAGGUGAUAGAAAGCUGCGCGUAGCAAAACAUGCCACGGCCUCGGUUGCAAGUAGCAGCAUCAUGUCAUCCUCUGAUGCCGUACGCUCCUCCAUCGAUAACCAUACGGCAGAUAGUCAUCAGCAGACGGGCACACAGCCGACGAUGAUUCCCAAGAGUGUGGCCAUAGCUGUCCCUACAGCGGCCGUGUCACCCUCGAGCCCGAUCACAUCGACGUUUGCGAGCUUUUCACGGCGACUCAGCAGCAGCUUUAGUUCGCUAUCGUUCCCAUCAUGGCCAUUUGCUCGCUCACCACCGACACGUGAUCCACUCCCCCCGAUCCCCUCGCAGACGGCUUUGCCGGAAGCCGCGGUCAACGAUUCAGCCGUACACGAGCAGUCAGCCGAAGCCACCGACCCUGCGCAGCCUACCCCGCCUCCUCGAAAAGUUCUCCCAGAACUCAACAUCAAGAUUGUCGACUUUGGUAACGCGCAGCCCAUUUCAGAGUCUUAUGUGGGCCGCAUACAAACGCGUCAAUAUCGUGCACCCGAAGUCAUUCUUGGGAGACGAGAUUGGGACCGCAAGGUGGACGUCUGGAGCAUUGCUUGCAUCAUUUUCGAGCUCGUGACCGGCGAUUUCUUGUUCGAUCCUCCAGAGGAUUCGGCAAAUCGAGACAAGGAUCACAUUUAUCAAAUUCUGGAACUUACCAAUCCGUUUUACGAUCGUCGUUGGGCUAUGGGUGGUCGGAUGAGCGGUAAAAUCUUUACACCAAACGGUGACGCGGAUAGGAGAUUAAGAUACUACUCGCUGCAGUCGCUGUUGGAGGAGCGGUAUCAUCUCGAAACGUCCGAGGCAAAAGGCCUCGCCGACUUCCUGAUACCAAUGCUCGCAUUCGAACCCUAUAAACGAGCCAACGCCCGUGAUCUUGUCGAUCAUCCGUGGUUGGAAGGAACUCGCCCGAUCAAACCCUUCCCUCCCGACGACCUCGAGAAUUUCCAAAGUAUCGAAAUCAACAUAUAA